AUGUCCAAACCACAGCGGAAACCCGCUUCAAAAAAAUUGGAUUUGAGCGUGUUGCUCAACAACACAAAAUGGAGUUGUGCAUGUGAUUUAUUGGAUUUUUGUGAAACGCAUGCAACGGAAAUUAUGGAAUGUCUAACACUCCAACAACAAAUGAAAUUAUUGAAAAGUGAAAAACGGCUUGAAAAGGUUUUAAUUGAAACGAAAGCCAAAGUGUUGGGUGUUUCACCCUCUACGGCCCGCCUCAACAACUUGUAUGACGAUGUCGAAGGGAAGUCUGGAAGAAAACGAGAAAUUAAUCAAAUAGAAAUGCCAUUGUUGUUAAAAACAAUUCGAGAAAGACAAAACACCACCAAACCAAUCACCAUCAAAGAACUUGGAGAUGUUGUAGAAGGAGUUGUUGGGAAGAAAGUAUCAAAAGAACCAUCGCAAACAUUUUGA